AACCUUUGUGGUUUGAUAUUAAUACACUGCAAGUAGUGUUUCAUUUAGUCAUUUGGGUGUGUAGAGAUGAUGAAGAUAAUCCUUGUUCUUUGUUUGGUUUCUCUAGCUGCGUUUGGAGAAUCCGAAGAUUGCAAUAGACGUAGGAUGAAGAUGCAUUUCCAUGGAAAAGGAGACUCUUAUGAAGGUGGGCUGAAGAUGAAUUUCUAUGGAAACAGCUGCCCUCAAGCUGAGAUGCUUGUGAGGAAUAUCACAUGGACACUCACAGCUGCUGAUCCUGACUUGGCAGCUUACUUCCUGAGGCUACAUUAUCAUGACUGCUUUGUUAGGGGCUGCGACGCAUCGCUGCUGCUUGACACAACUAAUGCCGGACCAUCCGAGAAGGAAACUGAGGACAACAAACCAUUAGAGGGUUUCGAUGAAAUUGAUGAAAUCAAGAGCCGAAUCGAAAAAGAAUGCCCAGGGAUUGUUUCAUGUGCAGACAUUGUUGCUCUGGCAGCCCGUGAUGGCGUUUCGUUUCAAUUUAGGAAGUCGAUGUGGGAUGUGUUGACUGGGAGAAGAGAUGGGACGAAAUCGGUUGCAGCUGACGUGGCAAAGAACUUACCUUCAGCAUUCUCAGACUUCGCCGCCUUACAAAGACUCUUCUCAAGCAAAGGGCUUGAUGUUAAGGACCUUGUGGCAUUAUCAGGUGCACACACCAUCGGUCAUGCACAUUGCAACUCAUUUGCAAAGAGGCUCUACAAUUUCACUGGAAAAGGCGACGCGGAUCCUUCUUUAGAUGCAGUCUACGCCAAAUCCCUGAGAAAAAAGUGCCCCAACCCCUUCGAUCCUCAGACCAUAGUCAUGAUGGACUUACGGACCCCGGACUCCUUUGAUGGUGCUUACUACAAGAAUCUUUUCCACGAUGAAGGGCUAUUCAAAUCUGAUGCGUCGCUUCUCACAAAUGGACAGUCAGCCAGCAUCGCCAGGCAGCUACAAGAUAAUGACCGCUUUUUCGCUGAAUUUGCUUACUCGAUGAAGAAUAUGGGAGCCAUCCAAGUGCUCACAGGGAGCAAUGGAGAAAUCAGGCGGCAAUGCCGUGUAGUAAAUCGUCAUUAAAAAUGUCCAUAGGUCGAUUGAAGCCGUCAAAUAAGUUAUGGUAUCAGUGGCCCAGUAACGCUCCACAUUGUAACUGUAGGACGAAAUAAGCACUACCCUCAUUUUGUAAUCUUUUGUUUGAUUUGAAUUGUCCAGAAUGUGCGAAAUCAAAUGUGAUAUUUGAAAAUAUCUAAUUAAAAUGUUUUCUCCAA